UGAUCCCCGCUUCCCCGGCGGGUCUCCAGCGGCGGGCCGGGCCGGGCCGGGCCGGGGCGGGCGGGGGCGCGCGCGGCGGCGUGUCGGGAGCGCGCCGCAGGCAGGCAGGCAGGGAGGCCGGCGGCGGAGGGAUCCCGGCGAGCGGUGUGCUGCGGCCGGGCCGGGUGAAUGGGAUUGAAGAAGAGUUCAGCUUCUCGGCUUGUUUUUGUGUUACAGUUUCUCUCCUCCUGCGCCUCUUCGGCUUCGUGCCGCCCUCCCCGCCCGCUCCCUCCUCCCCGCCGCAGGAGGAGCCCCCCGCGGAGAGGGGGAAGGAAAAGGACCCCACAGAGGCGAGAGCGAGCGAAGAGGAGGAGGAGAAGGGAGCAACCUACCAUCUUCCACUCCCCGCUUAGCUUAAAGAAAGUGAGAGGAGGAGAGAGAGAGAGGCGCCCAGAAGAGGGGGACAGGGAGGCCCAGAGGAGCGGCGGCGCCGGCACCCUCCCCCUAUGAAGAAGAGUCCUCCCCCUCACAGAGAGGUCCUGCCAGGGGGACCCCGGCCGGCCCGCAGCAGCACCGCCGCCGCCAGCAGGCGCCGGGAAAAUUCCGUUUCUUCAGCAACUUGUUAUUCCGGAGCCGGGCCUGCCCCCCUCGCCCUGGGGCUGCCCUUCCCGCACAGGAGGGGGUAGAGAGCUGAAAGGGAUAACUUACUCAAAACUGGACUGGUGUUAAAGAGGAAAACAGAAACUAAAGGCACUGGAAUCAGCAAAGACACUUCUAGAAAAAGUGGAGAAGGUAGAGAAUGGAGCUGCAGACUCUACAGGAGGCUCUGAAAGUGGAAAUUCAGGUUCACCAGAAAUUGGUUGCCCAAAUGAAGCAAGAUCCACAGAUAUUUUUUCUUUCUAAUCAGAACGCUGAUUUGAAGAAACAACUUCAUGAACUUCAAGCCAAAAUCACAGCUCUGAGUGAGAAACAGAAAAGAGUGGUGGAACAGCUUCGAAAGAAUUUGAUAGUGAAACAGGAACAACCAGACAGUAAAUUUCAAAUACAGCCAUUGGCACAGUCAGAAAACAAACUACAGACACCACAGCCACAACCACUACAACAGCUACAGCAGCAUCACCAUCAACAGCAGCAACAGUCCACGGCACCCUCUCCAAACGUGAUAGGAUCACAGAAAACUGUAACUACAGCUUCUAUGAUCACCACUAAGACACUACCUCUCGUCUUGAAAGCAGCAACUGCGACCAUGCCUGCCUCUGUUGUGGGUCAGAGACCUACCAUUGCCAUGGUUACUGCUAUCAACAACAAUCAGAAAGCAGUCCUCAGCACUGAUGCGCAGAAUGCACCAGUCAACCUCCAGACAACAAAUAAGGUCACUGGGCCAGGAGCUGAGGCAGUCCAAAUAGUGACAAAAAACACUGUAACUUUGCAGGUUCAGGCUACACCUCAGCCCAUAAAAGUGCCGCAGUUCAUCCCUCCUCCCAGACUUACUCCUCGUCCAAAUUUUCUUCCACAGGUUCGACCUAAACCAGUUGCCCAAAAUAACAUUCCUAUUGCCCCUGCACCUCCUCCAAUGCUUGCAGCUCCUCAGCUUAUUCAGAGGCCUGUGAUGUUGACAACAAAGUUCACACCCACCUCUUUACCCAACUCUCAGAACUCCAUACAUCCAGUUCGUGUAGUUAACGGGCAGACAGCAACCAUAGCCAAAACUUUCCCUAUGGCACAGCUCACCAGCAUCGUGAUAGCAGCACCAGGUACCAGGCUCGCUGGACCUCAGACUGUACAGAUCAGCAAACCAAACAUUGAAAAACAGGUACAGACUAUUAAACCACAUGUGGAAACAGAAGAGAAGCAAACAGAAAGUCGUACAGUUACUCCACCUGCUGCACCGAAGCCAAAACGAGAAGAAAAUCCACAGAAACUUGCCUUCAUGGUGUCUCUGGGACUAGUUACUCAUGACCACCUGGAAGAAAUCCAAAGUAAGCGACAAGAGAGGAAAAGAAGAACAACAGCAAAUCCAGUGUACAGUGGAGCCGUUUUUGAGCCUGAGCGCAAGAAGAGUACAGUGACGUACCUGAAUAGCACAAUGCAUCCUGGGACACGUAAAAGAGGUCGUCCACCUAAAUACAACACGGUGUUGGGGUUCGGGGCUUUGACCCCCACGUCCCCUCUGUCCAGUUAUCCUGACUCCCCUGAAAAUGAAAAGACAGAGACCACAUUUACUUUUCCCGCAGCUGUUCAGCCCGUGUCCCUGCCUAGCCCCAGCUCCACAGACGGUGAUAUCCAUGAGGAUUUUUGCAGCGUUUGCAGAAAAAGCGGGCAGUUGCUGAUGUGUGACACAUGUUCACGUGUUUAUCACCUGGAUUGUCUGGACCCACCUCUGAAAACCAUUCCUAAGGGCAUGUGGAUCUGUCCCAAAUGUCAAGACCAGAUGCUAAAGAAAGAAGAAGCAAUCCCAUGGCCAGGAACUUUAGCAAUUGUUCAUUCAUAUAUUGCAUAUAAAGCAGCAAAAGAAGAGGAAAAACAGAAACUACUUAAAUGGAGUUCAGAUUUAAAACAGGAAAGAGAACAACUAGAGCAGAAGGUCAAACAGCUCAGCAAUUCUAUAACAAAAUGCAUGGAAAUGAAGAAUACCAUCCUUGCAAAACAGAAGGAGAUGCACAGCUCCUUGGAGAAGGUAAAACAGCUGAUCCGCCUCAUCCAAGGCAUCGACCUUUCAAAACCCAUAAACUCUGAGGUCAAUUCAGUAGCCAUCUCCAACGGCAUGGACUCCACUAACAAUACUAAUGCUGCCACCUCCACCUUAGCCCCCUCCCCUUCCCAGAGCUGCAUGGUGAACUGUAACAAGGGCGAUGAGACUAAAUAACACAGUGAAGUUAAGAAGGAGCCAAGGGAGGUGGCGGCGAGGAGAAAGAGCAAAAUAAAGAAACUCUAGAAAAGCAAAACUGGAUUUCUUCUGGAAAGUGCAGAAUUCUUUAGUUCUUUGGUUCCAGAGAGAGCGUGAAGAUGCUUGUGCCAGGCGGCACCGGAGUUUGCCAAUUGAUCCUUCUUAUUCUGUGUGUACAUGCGAAGUUUGGAUCAUGUUACAUGAAUAGUGCCAGCUGGGGGUUCUUUGCCAGCACCAUGCCAAGUGAAAUAAUAUAUUUACUCUCUCUAUAUUUUACACCAGUGUGUGCCUGCAGCAGCCUCCACAGCCACUAUAGGUUUGUUUUAUUUUUGUUUGGGGUGAGGAGCAGGGAUAAGGGAGGAGAGCAGGUUUCAAGUUCCUAUUUGCAGAACAGUUUGUUUAGCUAGGGGAAAACAAAAACAAGUCCAAAGAGCCUAUGGGCUUUUCCUGUUUCUAAACUCUCAGUACUAUUAAACCAAAAAACCAGAAAUAUAAAUUAUCAAAUCCCAGUGCCCAGAAGGGACAAGUCUAUCAAAUAAGCAGUAUUUACUAUUGUUUAGACAGGAGAUGUACAAAAGGAAAGGAGAUGGACUUUUCACUGAGUAACCAGCACAUAGAAUCAUAGAAUAUGCUGAGUUUGAAGGGACCCAUCAAGAUCAGAGUCCAACUCCUGGCCCUACGCAGGACACCCCAAGAAUCACACCAUGUGCCUGAGAGCCUGUGGGUCCUCACACUCAUCCAGAAAGUCUGUUUUGGGAGUGAUAAAAUAGAGGGCCAGAAUCCAGGGUCAGCUUGGAACAUUGGAUGGAGGUGUCCCAAGAGAAAAUGUGCAUCAAUUACUUGAAAAUGAGAUUCCAUCCCUUUUCUGUAUUUAUAAAAAACAAAGGUAUCCUGAACAAAGUAGCACAUAACCCAGAUGUGUGAACUCAACAGAGAAAUGUCCUUUUCUUUCACUUCCUUUCUCUUCUUUUGGUAACAAGAACUAAAUAAGGAAUAGAAAAGCUGUUUUUCAGGCUGACAGUCUAAUUAAAGAGGUAGAUGGGACCUUGCAUGGUAUAGAUUAGAAGUAAUAGUGUCAGUGAGAUACAGUGAGUCUUUGUGAGUCCUUGUGUCAUCGUUUUGGGCACUGUUUUUUUAUGCAAGGGCAAAAUCUUUGUAUCUGGGGGAAAAAAAACAACUUUUUUAAAUUAAAAAGGAAAAUAAAAGAUAUUGAGGUCUUCCUAGUGUUACUUAAAAUAAGAUCAAGGUAAGAAACAUUGUAAAAAAAAAUUACAAAAGUGCUAUUUGUUUCCUAAACAAGUGAUUUCUAUUAAAAAGGUGUCAGAACUGGAGAAAAUGCUGUGUACUUAGAAUUUUUUAACACAGACUUUGCUUAUUUAUGAUGACAUUCUGCUGUGUUUGUGUUCUAAAAUCUAAUGGGACAGUUUCCAUAGGUUCUACCAUACAUCUACUGGCUAAAGUCUAAAGAGAAUCAAAUCCUACAGUGCUGGAUCGCACCCCACCUGGAGGAUCUCCCAGGCUUGUCUCUGCUGUUACCAUCUCUCUCCCAUUCUUCCAUGUGUUUGUAACCCAGAGAAAAGCAGUUGGCAGUAUGCUUCUUUAAGGCUUUAAUAGUUCUGUGAUACAGACUGAUUCAAGCUUGAGAAUGAAAGACAGUGAGUUGGGCUGAAAUCACCCUCCGUUAUCUCCUCUUGUUCAAGAAGUUCAUCUCUAAUGUAUAAUCCUUUCACUCUGGACAGCAGAGCUUGCCUUGUGCUUCCUGGUUGUGGGGUCUGGCUCAGUUUAGGGUGCAGAUUCUGGUCACAUCAAGCUGUGUCCCAGAGCUGUCUAGUUUCACUACUGCAUAUACACAUUUGGGCAAAGUCCAUUUCCACUGGAAGCACCAGGAAAACUCCCUUUAUUUCCCAUGGGAGCAGAGUUGAGCCACUGCAUACACAAGGUGAGGCAGUGUCCCCAGUGUGGUGGCCUUGAGAGCAUGUGUUGGGUGGCGAGGCAGACCUGCUCAGCUGUUCAUAGGGGAAGGUAGAAAAGAUUUUGCAUUUCAAGGAUGCAUUUCUGAGCAAGUGAAUACUCCAGAUACAACUUAGCCUGAGAGAGUUUCUUUGCUGCCCCAGCCAAGUGGGCUUCUCUGGAGCUGUUCUAUGGAGCUGUUCUUGGAGCUGUUUUAUUCCCUCUCCUUUAGGUUGCCCUUCUGCCCUUUAAGGACUUUUAUUCCUUCUGUAGGAAUGUGCAUUAUUGUCAGCUCUGAGCUCAGAACUGAUAAUCCUGAGUUCUCACAUUUGUCUCAGUUGGGAAAGUGACUCUUACACGCACUUCUCAGCCGAACCAGUGAUAACCCUGACUCUGUCUUUUGAUGUUUGAGUUCUGUUCUGGAACUAGCAGAGCUGGAAGGAUAAGUUAGCAGAAGUGGCAAGGAGAUAACUGGGCAGACACUGUCAAAAUGGAUCAUACUAAAAAUGUCCUUCCAUCAAUCCAGUUACCAAUGAGGUCAUUACCAUUGGGCAGCACUAGGCCAGCAACCCACAGCUUUUAAACAAAGGACAGUCUAUUUCAAGGAUUGAAGAGAAAAAACAAACUGAGCAUGAGCCUUCUGUAGAAUAUGAGCCAUCAGCUAACAGCCAGAUAUUCAGGAGAAGCUGCCUUUUGGAACAUGUUGGUCUUCAGCUGAACACUUGGGUGAUUCAGGGAUGCUGAGUCUGUGGUCGUCACGCUCUUAUUUCUGUGUUAACCUGAGCUGUCUUGGAAGCACUGCACUAUUUGGAGGUAGGAGGCUAUGCCUGGAGACUCAACAGUCCUUCUGUAUUCUUUGCUGACGGAGAGGAUCAGUUCAGGAGAGGAUGGAAGUGAAAUUCAUAGUGGCCAUAUUUGAAUUUGCACACAGUUAACCAGACAGGAGAUGUUAAAACAGCUAUUACUGCUUUCCUGAGGCAUCUGCUUGUCUCCAGAAUCCAAGUAGAUAAGUACAGAUUUUAUAUCCCUUUUGUUACAGCAUUUGUGUUCCAGACUGUAAAAGGAUGCCUUUAGUUAAUCAUUACUUGUCAGAAAAAUUAUCUUAGACUUCCUGAUGAUGCUUAGGUAGUUUUUUUUCUCUCUCACUAAUCCUGUUGGGAUGCUUUAUCUCCUGGCUCUGAAACAGUAUCAUCCAAUAGGCAAGGAGCAUUCCCAGGGCUGCACUGAUGCUAGCCAUGACGCUGCUGUGUAGACACAGUAAAUUUGGGUUAUCUCUAGCCAAUUACCAACAACAGGGUGGAAGAGGAAUUGGUGUUUGCUAAAUACAGGGGGAAAUGGUUUUUUUCCUAGCUGCUCUAAGAGAUUCCAGUCAAGGGAGAAGUUUAAACUCAGUGACAGCUUAAAGCUCAAGCUUUUCUUUUGAGUUUGCCUUGGUUUGGGUUUUUUUUUCUCAUGUAAUAUUUGAGAUAGAAUGAGUUUGUACUAACAUAUCUGCUCUUUAGGAAGCUGUCAUAAUGGCUGUGGUUUUGUAUUUCCAAACUACCAUCAAGACAUUAACUAAUUCUUAUGGCAUUGCUUGUCAUUGGUGGGAAACGAGUGGCUUUUAAAUCUCUGUUGUAAGGGAAGAAAUGAGACCACAAAGAAAUCUCAUAUCAAAAGUGCUAAGGGCUUUAAGAAGUCACUCUGCUCCUUUACUCAGAAGUAGAUCAAGCAUUGCAGAAGUUUCUUUUUCCCUUCUCUGUACAAUCUGUUCUUUAAACAGCUGAAAAGAUGUGUUGGGUUCAGAGUGGGAAAGUGAGCCUGUGACCUGGCUAGAAGAGUUAGUAUCAUCUUGGUGUUUUCAUUGUCUUUGUUAAGAGCCAGCAGUGGGUUUAGUGCUGUACAAAACAUGGAGCAAGCAACACUUCUAGGGAUGAUUGGAAGGUAGGGUGAGUAGUGUGGCUGAUUCUUCCAAGACAUCAUUAGCCAGGAGUUACCACAUGGUGGGAUGAACUAAUAUUUUGCAUGAGCAAAACAGGGCUUUGUUGUAUGUUGCAAGCGGGUUUCUGUCAGUGGGGAUAUGAAUUAAAAACCUGGAAAUUAAAGAGGCAAUAAUUUUAUGUGUAGAUCUAUUAGUUUUAUUGAUGGCAGAAAAAAAGAAUAUUGCAUUUUAUCUUCACUAGGCUUAAGAAAGCCAGUCUGUAUUCCAAAUGUCUAGAAAUGUGAAACCUAAUUCUGACUUCCUUGGCUUCAAGUCAUCUUCCGUGUAUUGUUGCAGAGACAGUCCUGAAAAGCAGCAUGGUCAGCAUUCAGGAGAACCUGGAGAGAAACCUCCCUCUUAGCUCCACCAAGCUGUGUAGCUGCCCACAAUAUAGAGAAUAAACUCUGUCGUUUGUUUCUCAUGUGUAUUUACAGCAGAAAACAUUUGUGAAUUUGCAGUGCACACGUUUCUUUUCUUUUCCUAAGCUGGGUUGCACCCUGUCCUCUUUGCUUCUGAAGCACUAUUUAUGAACACAUGCUUUUAAUGAAAUGUGUUUUUAAAAUAACAUAUUAAGAUGUUAAACAAAAAUUUACUCUUUUACUGAGGGCCUCUCUCAGUGAGCUGCUCAAAUAACCACCAAAAUACCAGAGGUUAUUACACUUCCGUGUGGACAUGCCCCUUUGGGCAGAGUUUGUUACAUAUUUUUAGAACCGUUUUGUCCCUUCUUCACCUCCUGUUGUCCUGCCUUGGAAUUCUAGAGAUCCAAGGCAAAUUCAACUUUGCUGGAUUACUGCAAAGAGUUUUCUGGCAAGUGUGUAGGUGUCAGGAACCUGGAGAAAGAGGAAGAUGUUUUGUUGUGCAGCUAAUUCAUUUGGCACUUAGGCUUGCCUGGCCAACAAACUACCUCAGCAAAGGCCAUUCCCAAGCACUAUGGAUUCUGUAGCUUCUGGCAUUCAGAAGGUGAAAGGUCCAAAGGACCCUCCAGCAGCCAGCUAGGUACUGGUCUCUGAGGGGGUGUGAGCAAACCUUGCAGUGACAUUCUGCUGGAUCCUUGUUUUCAGUGGUCAGACCUGAACCAGGGAAUGACCCAAAAAUCAGAUGGGGUCAGGAAAUGUGAGACCCGCAGAUGUCUUGUCUCCAGGUUAUUGUCAUCUUACUCAGAUCCUUCAUUAAGCCUCAGUCCUGUUUGUAAUCUCCUACAGAAUGGAAUGUUGAUACUUGAAAAAUAUGAGUCUCUCUAUCCUUUACCCUUAGCUCCUAUUUCCCUCCUGUUUCUGUCUUAUCUGGGACAAGAACUUUCUGCAUCAUUGUGUCUUGUAUAGGCUGAGCACAUAGUUGAUCAACUUGCCAAUAAAGAAAGUUAUUUAUACCAUGCACUGGUAAGCUUGGUAAUUAAAGAUCCAUGAAAAAACAAAUGCCUCUCCCAGAGGUUAAUUAAUUGUGGUCUUGUAUCAGAAAACCAAGAGCUUACCUGUGUGGGAAUCUGUCUGUAUCCCUGACAGUAUAACUAAAAUACCUGGGUAGUGAAUGGAAAAGAUGCUUGCUGAGAGCACGGGUGCUGUGGCAAUCACACUGCUGUGCAAGUCCCUGGAGGGUAUCUCAUGAGAACAGCCAGACCAGGACUUCCCAUCUUCCCAGGCCAGAGGUGGAUGCUGAAAGGGACAAAUUAAAGGACAGAAGCCUCUUUUGAGAAGUGGUACAGGGCUGGAGAUGGAAUAUAAGAGAGAAAAAGCAGGAGCAGCAAAGGAAACAGAUUACAUGGGUAAAGCUGAAUAGAGAGAAAAAAAUAUGGAAAAACAUGAGAAGAGAAAGUGAGGGUAGGAAAAAUCCAGAAGUGGAAUAGGUCUUCCUUCUGAGUAGAGAGGUAUCCCUGCAGUUACAGGGUUUGAAAGUUCAAUGGAAUGAGUAGAACAAAACCACUCUUUUAUCCUACCUCGAUUUCUGACAUGGGUUAGUCUCUAUUCCAAAAGGAGCAGGUGUGGUGGGAGAAAAGAGCUGCUUAGGUGCAGAUGGAAAAAGAAGUAGGCACUAAGUCAUCCCUAGCUCUGCUUCUGCUGCUGAGUGAUUCCAUCCUGAUGAGAACCUUAUUUGACUUCUAAGCUACAACAUGGGGAUAAGGCAGAUCAAGCAGACCUUGAGGCUGCUAGAGCCUACUCUAAUCUGGACUGUAUUAAUUAAAGAUUUUCUUGGCUAUAAACUUUCCCAAAAUAGCUAAAGGUUCAGCUCUGCUGGUGCAGCUGCACCUUCCUGUUCAAGUGUUACAAUGAGCCUAGCUGAAACCAGCAUCAGCUCCCAGAAGUCCUGGGUUCUGUGUGAUUGAAAAAGAUUAUGUGGAGUAGGAUGUGUGAUUCAGGUACUUCUCAGCCACCUCCUGGAGUAUCUGUGGAAGAUACCUGUUUUCUGGGCUGUCAUUAUCUGGCAGUUCUGUGCCAAAAUCCCUCUGUGUGAGCAAUGCCUCCCUGUUUUCUCAGGAUCUGGUUUCUUUAGGGACACGUGCAAAGGAGCAUUUCACCAGUGCAGCCAAACAAGGGACAUGUGUUAAGUUUAAUGUAACCUGUGAGGAGCUGAGGGCGUGUCUCUAGGCUACCUUAAGCAACCAGACCCUGGGCACCCUCCUGGAAAAACAGCUGUCCCAGCUCUCCUGUGUAACCAGUGUUCUUCACUCUCUAGUAUCCAAGCAUGUGUCAAAGGCUUCAGAUGGAGAAACUCAACCCAGUCCUUGGUUCUAGAAAGGAAGAAGUACUUAAGGACUUGCUUACCAUCAGGAGUGCCUGGGGAACUCAAAAGCCUUGUGAGCGUGGCGCUGUCUGUCGUGGGUGGAGAGCUGGCACAGAAAGGCAGCAGCAGCAGUGAGCAGUAUUGAUCAGCUCAGCACCAUUUUUGCAUCCUUUUUCUUUUUCCUAAAUUUACACUGGCAAAAGUAUACCUCAACCAAUCUUCACCCUUUUGUCACCAGCCUUCUUACAUCUGUUUUGUUGGAAAACAAAUGAAGUAUUGAUGCCUUUGUGCUUCAAGGAAAACACUUUUCUUAGUGAGCAACCAGGUAUUAGUGAGCCUUGGGGGUAUAGCUCAGGUGGAAAGGGAGGCAGUGUCACAGGGCAGCUCCUGUGUUCUGUGGCCACCCUUGAUUUUGGAUCCCCAGCACUGAGGUUUGAUACUGCAGGAGCACUGGGUGCAUGCUGUGCACGUGUAAGGACAGGAGUUCCCCUGGCUUGUUAUCCAGGAGUUGGCAUCUCAGGUGGGGCCAGAAUUCCUGGGGUAGGGAAAGAGAUUGCUCUGUGCCUCAUGUUUCCCUUUGUGAGGCAUGUACUGGCAGUUCUGACUCUGGAAGAGCAGAUUUCCAUGGCUGCAGGCACUGUUGAAAGAAGCCCCAUGCUGGGUGAUGGUGGGAGGCUGCAUGUUUCUGCUUGUUCUGGGCUAAUGUGUAAUUUCUAAUCAUACUCUCUUAUGUUUCUUUACUUAAAUUAUCACUGACAUCUAAGCAGUGAUUGACUCUAAAGCCAGGCAGUGUCUUACCUCUUAGCUCUCCCUUCCAGAAGGUGUGUUGACGCUCCUGAUGUCAUAUGUGACAGGCAGCCAAGACCCUCCUUAAGAAAGGUUUUUGCUUCUAUAUAAGCCUCUGAGACUCUGCCUGGCAGCCCCACACAAGCAGAACCAGCAGCAGUCAGUCAUGACCCACAGGCUGCUUCACUCCAGUUACAGCUGCAGGGUCCCCCCAAAUGCCAUCUUACACAGUCAGAGGUGUCUUGGCUUCCUCUCACAGCCCCACAGAAGCAAACCAUGUGUUCCAAACUCUGUUAGGCAAAGAUUAAGCAAGAUAACAGCAGGAAGCAGGGGAGCCUGCUAGUGCUGACCUGUCCAGCCUCCUGUGGGGGAGGGAAACACUUUGCUGUGUCAGCAGUGUACACAGGUGGUGGUGAGCUGCUGCCACCUGCAAGGUCUGGUGCAGCACUGGGGUGGCUGCCGAUGCAGAGUUUUCUUUAGGGAACUGACUGGCUCUACUCUGCAAACACCCCCCAUGUCUGCAGCUGAGGGCAGGAGGGUUGUGAAGGCAGCUCUGCUUCUUUAGGAGAAAAUACUCAGGCUUCAAUUAUGGCUUCAUGUUCCUGCCAUCACAGCAGCACCAUCUCUGUAGAUUUAUUGAUGCCACCACCCCACCUGUGUGCCAUGCUUCAUCCCAUUCCCCAUUUCACCAAGACUGAGCUGUAAAGCAGCUCCUGGCAUGGGUCCAGAGCAGGAGCUCACCCUGAAGGGCUCUGUGUCUGAGCCUGGUCCUUCCCCAGUCGGUUUGAUUUCUCCAGGGGAUAUUGGUGACCAGCCCCCAGUUCUGGCAGUGCUGUCCCUGCAGCCAUGGGCCUGGUGCAGCACAGGCUGAUGGCAGCUUCUCUCCCAGCUGGGUUUCUAAUGGCAAAGCCACAGGCUCUGUCCUCCAUGAGCCAGUGGCACCUGUGCUGCUCCAUUCCCCACCAAUGUCCCUUCCUUGGAGGCCCUGGUGUAAAAUGCCCUUUCUGACUGGUACUGCUCUGUUGUCACAGAAUCACACCAUGAGAACACCCACUUGUGAACUGGUUUGGGUUUUUUAAAUAUCUCUAUUUUUUUUAGCCUGAUGCUCAUAGUGAUCUGCAGUAUCUGCUGCCUUCAAGUUCCUUGUGGUUUCAGUUCUGGUACAAAUGUGUUUAGAUUUUAGCAAAUUAAAGUUGGGGGGAGGGGGUACAGAGCAUCUGAUCAAUUUGUAUUUAUUUAUUUUAACAUUUUACUAAAUAAAACACAGUAAAAUC